UGCUUUAGCUAGUGAGAUGGUUAGACUCUAGUUGGUAAUGGAGGUUACUUGUACUGAGUUCAUGUAUCUAUUCAGUACAGCUUUGGUCUGUGUGUUAACAUCUGUUGCUGGUCAGGGGUGCCUCAAUCAAGGGAAUGAGUGUUUUACCCACAGUGCUUGUUGCGGAGGUUGCUGUAGAACGGGAAUAUGUGUCGAGUCCACUCGCAACUGCCAGCUGGACAUCGGAGACUGUGUGAACUACUGUCCUCCCAGGAUGAGCUGUACCUUGUUCCAAGUGCCAGGAUGUACAGGAUGUCCCAUCAUACCUUACUGUAGGGAAGAGGGCCACCAUGUCCCAGGAGACCGGAGCUAAUGUACAAUUCAUUAUACGAUUGUUUUUAAUCUCAUUAAACAUCAAACGAA